CGAAAUCACAUAGUAUCCAUAUCUUCCACUUUGUAUCCUCAUCCUCUCAUGUCCAGCUAUAGUACAACAACAGUAAGACAAGAAGGUUUCCAGCUUCCUUCACCUGCACACACCGUUUCCUCCCUCUCAGAAACGCCCACCUCACCCCCUCCAACGUCUCCCAACAAUCUUUUCAUGCCACCAAACCUAUCUUUUCUUCCUGACUCAUUUCGUAAAUUUCCAAGCGCUGCUCAAGCUCAUUCUCAUCAUCAACCUGCAACACCGAGUAGUGCUAUCGACUUCACCGACGAUCUUGCAACACUCAUCGACUCGCACCCUCACCAUGCGUCGCACGAACGCAGUACAUAUGAUGCAGACCCGUACCGUCACAAUAUCUUUGAUAUCAGCGCUCCUACAACCACCAGCCAUUACCGACCUCCAUCAUCAACCGAUAUCUAUCCAAACAGUCAACAACAACAUACCAAUGAUCUCCAUUUUAACAGUACCCUUCCUGCCUUAAAUAGCAGUAUGCGGUACGAACCACACCCAGAUCCGCCAUCACAUUUCGCGUACCGCCACACCCCAUCCCCGCACAACCCCAACUCACCCAGUCGUAGCCGUUCACGCCCCCCAAGCAUCGGCCCCACCCGAACCUCCCGUCGCGAUCGCCGAGCUAAUAGCAUUAGUUCACAUGUAUCCGGCACUUCACCACCCCCUCCCCCCCGUCCCCAUGCCAUAGUUAUCCCCGGUAGGGGUGGUGGUUCAACAAUGGGCGGCUUUUUUGUUCCCGGUCAAGGCGAAUACUCGCUUCCCACACCCGAUAGUCUCACUCAUUCCUUUGGCGGGUUCCAGGGAUAUAAUGCGGCAACCACUUCAUACCCUACGCAACCCGGUUCAUUUGCUUCGCAAAACAAUGUGGCUAUAAAUUAUGGUAGUUUUAAUGGCCGUACUGGAACUCCCAGCAUGGGAAUCAGUCCUAGUGAAGUCUCUACUUUGGGCAUGCUUGGGAGCAGCACGACUUCUCCCCCUCCCUCUGUCAAGGGAAAGCAUGAUGGCGAUGGUCUAUCAGAAAAGAGACGAAGAAGGCGGGAGAGUCAUAAUGCUGUUGAGAGAAGGCGGAGAGAUAACAUCAACGAAAGAAUCGGCGAGCUAGCAGGGUUAAUUCCUGGGGUGUUGUUUGAAUGUGAUGCCCCACUCAUUGCUCCAACAUCCCCCACACUCCUCAGCGCAACUUCACCUGCAGUGGAAAACGGCGAUCUCUUCUCACUCCCCCUCCUCCCGGAUGCAGCAAACUCUGACGAGGGUCUUGCUGACGUUCCUGAGUAUGGGGUACCCGGCGCUCCCAACGGGAAUGCUGUGAAAAAGGAUCCAAGCGAAGAUGGAGAUGAUGGCCGAGGUAAUGCAAAUGGUGGUGUGAAUGGCGGUAUCCCUACGAACGGGAUCACUACCGCAAAUGGCUCUGAACCACAAAUGAUCAAGGCAAACAAGGGGAUGAUUUUGAGGAAGGUGGGUAUCCUUAUUUAUCUAUUUCUCUUGUUUUUAUUUCGUGGCGGUUGGACGGUGCUUUGUGUUGCCUAUAUGCACCAUUUGCCUGUGUUGCACUAUAUACGCUCACUUGCCAGAUACGUGCAUCUGUUUACUGCAUAUAUGCGCCUUUCCUCGUGGUGAUUCACCUGAAAAUCGUUCAAUUACUGACUCCGCUUCCCAGUCCGUGGAAUACAUACGUUAUCUCCAACAGCUCGUCAGCGUCCAAGCUUCACGCGGCCGAGAUCUCGAAGAGCGCAACCGCACCCUCGAGCGCGAAUUGGCAGCAAUCCGC